CGGCCUUAAAAUGAUAUUUCAACUGUGCAAAAGCAGGGAAUAUUCAGUUUGGAUACUGCUUUAUAUGACCUAUUACAUCUUCAGCUUUGUAUUGUCCUUAUCUUGUACAUGGUCAUCGAGAUCACUAAAAAGUAUCUCACAUUGUCCGAUAACAAAAUCAGAAAAAGAGUAUGCAGAAAAAAAUAAAAACUGUGAAGCACUGGCUCAGAAACAGAACUGCACAGAUCCCUCAAAUUUUAAAUACCACUGUGUUUUAAACUACGAGGACAAUACACUUGUAGAAGUUUGUGCCCCUGUGGUUACCAUAAAGUCAGGAUAUUGUGCAGCGUUUAAAAAGGCGAUAGGGAAAUUAGUCCCUCACUGGAAAAGAAAAUGCGACAUAGCAUCAUUAGCUUGUCCAAAUAGUUAUAAGUCCUCAGAGUUUUACCUCUACAUCUCUUGUUAUGGUGUUUAUCACAAUUUAUCAACAGAUGAAAAGAAUUACCUUUUAAUAAGCGUUCUAAUAGCAUGUUUGUCAACUUCCUUGUGUACAUCUGCUGCAUGUAUAUUUGCAUUCCGUUAUAACAAAGAGAUCAGAAGAUAUUUGAAACACAGUGGAUUCCUGACAUCAGGAUGGCUAUCCAAAUUAUGGCGAUCACGGGAAAGUUCUGAAGAUGAACGGAACGACGAAACGUCGACAGAGUUGUUAGAAGGUAACCCCCUCUCUUUCUCUCUCCGCAGCUAA